AUGCCGCCCACCGAGGGCUCUUUCCUCUCAUCAGGCGCCUUCACUCCCUCCGGUCUCACACCCAACACGCGUUCCCAAGCUGAAGCUGCCUUCACCUCCAACAGCGCCUCGCAGACCGAUUCAGCAGCUCCCGACCCACGUCUACUGCCGUUGAUGGGCGCUGGUGGAGGAAAUGAGACAACGACAGAAAAUGGGCCAACUGAAGCUAUCAAGGCUUACACUGGCUAUCGUCGACCAGGUGUUGCUCGAGCAAGCUCGGCAAACUAUGAGAAUGCACUGAAGCGAGCGCAACAAGCAUCCGUCUCGUCGGACUUUCCGGCUGACUCUGAAGUACCCGAGACAGUCACUAAUGGCCAAACUGUCGCAUCUCCUUCAGGCACAACUCCCUUCCCACCUCCCGGUCAGGGAGUAGUCCCGCUUAACUACGGAUCUACACCCGUCGGUGCCACCCAAGGAGAUUCGAUCAAGAAGACUAGGUCGCGAGGUCUGAGCCUAAGCGGUCUCGCUCAACAACAGGGCUGGAGUGAGCAGGACUACAAGCGCGUAUAUAGCGCUGAAUUGCUGGCAGAGGAUCCCAAGAACGAUGCUGGGUACGGCUCGGGCCCGAAAUGA